UAAUGUAGUUCCUCUAAUAAAGCAAUGCCGCCGCCCGACAGUAUCACAUGACAGAAUGCGGAAAAAAGGCUGGGAGAAAUAGAACCUGCUGAAAUAUAGACAUUUGUUUUGUAGGCGAAGAAAGUGUGUAAGCAACAUCGCAUCAGGAGGGAGUACGGUUUAAAUCUCUUCUUCGCUUUUUCUAACAAACUUCAAAAAGCUUUUUCUUCGAACUGCAGAAUUAGUUUGGCUACACUUAGCUGUCUCCACGGUGCAACUGUACGAAGAUUUGGCUUUUCACUCUGCAAAUGUAUAGCUGAGAAAAGUGAGGUGUCCCUUUUUCCAAGUGGCUGUGCAUUCUGAGGAAUCGAGGGGGGAGUUCUUCCGUCGGUUUGCUUUGCUGUUUCCAAAUAUGGGCCAUCACGACCAUAUGUUUAAAGUGCUGAUUAUUGGGGAUGCUACAGUUGGGAAGACAUCUCUGGUCCAGCGAUAUGCUAACGAUAGUUUCAACAAGCAUUACAAGUCGACAGUAGGAGUGGAUUUUGCUCUGAAGGUGGUACAGUGGUCAGACUCUGAGACAGUGAGGCUUCAGCUGUGGGACAUUGCGGGCCAAGAGCGCUUCACAUCUAUGACUCGAUUGUACUACAAGGAGGCGUCAGCCUGUGUGAUCAUGUUUGAUGUCACCAGCAUUAGCACGUUCACCAGCUGCCAGAAAUGGAAGCAGGACUUGGACAGCAAACUGAGGCUGCCAGAUGGGAACCCAAUCCCUUGCCUGCUGCUGGCUAAUAAAUGUGACCUUUCUCCAUGGGCUGUGACCAAGGAAGAAAUUGAUCAGUUCAGCAAAGAAAAUGGUUUUACUGGCUGGACUGAAACAUCUGUCAAAGAAAACAGGAAUGUAAAUGAGUCCAUGAGAGUCCUUAUUGAGAAGAUGAUGACGACUAUGUCGGCAAGUGAUGGAGACAUCUCUGUUUCAGGCCGUGGAGACUACAUCAAUCUCAAAGAUGCAUCCACACCCAACUGGGGAUGCUGCUAGUUGCAUUGCUGCUGCAUCUAAUUGGAUAGCAAACGUGCCUUUCAGUAUUAGCUUUUUAAAAACAAUAGUGAAUUGUCUCUUGGUGCUGCUGUGAAGAACAGUAGAGGAAGUCCCUCAGCUAGCAGACAACACGAACCUCUGUAUUGCUGUUUUAUGGGCCAUUGGUAUACAUUUUUGCCAUUCCAUUCAGCAUUGUAGCUUGGAUUAUCUCAGGACUGAAGAAUCUUCUGUUUGGGAGAAGUGGCUCCAGGGACCUUGUGAUGCUCUGAAAGCAAAGCCAAAGUAACCUGGCUGUGUGUUGACUAGUGUGCUAAACCUUCUUUCACCCACACUUUGAAAUAGACUGCCUUUAAUGUGUUGCCUGUGGAAACAUGCAUUGGGCUGGGAUUAUCCUCCCUUGUGGCACAACUGCAGAACUCUCACCACAACUCUUCUUGCAGUGCCACAGAUGUCGAGAAGUCUACUGCUGCUUCUGCAUGUGGUGUGUGGUUUCUUUGCCAACGGCUACAUCUAAGCUGAAGGAAAGUACCAUGAACUCUGUGGCCUUUUCUGUCCCUGCUUUUAUGGGGACACACUAUUGUUCACUCCUUUCCUAUGCCAUUUUGUUAGAGCACCCAGCAAUGAAUUGAGGCAAAAGCUAUAAACUGCUUUUUUAUUGAGGCACCUUAUUAGAGCACCAGCAGUAUUCUUUGUUUUUAUAGCCCCUUUCUCACAGGACCUCAUUUGCCUUUCCCCCCAGGUUCUGAUGAAUUACUUCCCCUCAGCCAUCCUACUGUGUGGAUAUAAAUAGUCAGCAUGUAAUGCUAUCUGAAAGCCCACCUACCAGUUUUAGUUAACUGAAGGGGGGAAGCACAGAAUGGGGGAAGUGGUAGAACAUAAAGCAUGAGUUAAAACUUCCCUGUGCCUUUUUGAUACAUGAUAUUUCCCUUUAGGAGGUUUUGUAAUAAUAGCUGAUAACUGUAUUUGAAUAAUAAAGUAACUUUUUAAAGUUUUUUAAUUUGGCUAGCUAAUUCAUAAUUUAGGAAGGGUAAAAGUUGAAAAAUGGUAAAUGUGUUGAGAUUUUUAAAUUUUUAGUCCUUUGAAACACCACAGAGAUGCAAGUAUUAUGGGUGUAAAAUUCCAGCAGAUGAAUUAUGUGUUUCCAUUCCAGUAAUUUAAAAACUACUUGAGCAGUUGGAUAAGAAGUUCUUUCAAGGUCUUAACAGAAAAAUCUUUUUGUCUGGCACUCUUUGAAUCUUGUGUCCAAUAAUAUUACAGUGGAUUUCAACUAUCUGUCCAAACUGGAUAAUGUGUACUUUUGGCCAAGUAAAAUGGAAAGAGACUAGUAUUAUGAAUUACCUUAAUAAGAUGCUUAUUUAUUCAUCCA